ACCACUUAACGGGACCGUCAGAAGCUGUGACGGGCCAUCCCCCACCAACUCUGACGGUUCCGUCAAGACACCUCCUCCGAGUUCCCAAUUUCCCAUCCUUCUCCGCUAACGUCGUCGUUCCCCAAGCCCUAACCCCGACUAACGUCCUCUAAUGGCCUCCUGUGACGACUUCUCUCUCCUCGAUGACGAUCACCACCACCACCAAUCAAACCCUAACCAUCCCCAAAUCCCAAACUCUCAUCACCUCCACCAAUCCUACGCGUCCCACCGCUUCGGAGCGAGGGCGACUACGGUCCACGCGCCACCACCUCCGACCCAACCGAUCAUCUCCCCCUCAUCCGCCGCCGCCGGGAGCCCGCAGAGAAUUAGUGGCGGGGAAGAAGAGGAAGAUGACGACGGAGAAGACUACAACGACGCCGUUUUGUGUUCGAACGCGUUCGACAAUGGCUCCGAUCCGGCUAGGGUUAGAGUCGUCGAUGUACGGAGCGAUAAGAGGAAGGAUCGUGAGGAGCUCAGCGACGGAGCUACCAACAAUUACGGCUACAGCAACAACAACAAUAACAACAAGAAAUCGAAAUCUUCUUCCGGCGGUGCGGGCACGUCAGGCGGCGGUGAUUACCGGAAGGACAGGGAGGAGUGGAGCGACGCGGCGAUCUCCUGCCUGCUCGACGCGUACACGGAGAAGUUCACGCAGCUGAACCGAGGGAACCUGCGAGGGAGGGACUGGGAGGAGGUCGCGGCGACGGUGAGCGAGCGGUGCGAGAAGCAGACUAAGAGCGUGGAACAGUGCAAGAACAAGGUGGACAAUCUGAAGAAGCGCUACAAGCUCGAGCGCCAGAGGAUGAGCAACGGCGGCGUUUCGGUCAGCCACUGGCCGUGGUUCAAGCAGAUGGAACUCAUAGUCGGGAAUUCGCUGCCGGUAAAGACCGCUACCGAUGACGAUAAAGGUGGUGGCUCGGCCACAAGCACCCCUAGGCAAUCGAAGAGAUCUGCAAUUGCAUUGCCUGGUCCUCUAGGUCAGGUAAACAAUGUCAAAUCAAAAUCAAUAUCAAACCCUAGAUGGCGGAGAGUAGUCUUCAAAGUUAGUGGUGUUGCUCUUGCUGGCACUGGCCCUAACAAUAUUGACCCAAAGGUUGUAAUGUUGAUUGCAAGAGAAGUUGCAAUGGCUUCCCGCCUUGGUGUAGAGGUGGCAAUUGUUAUAGGCGGUCGUAACUUUUUUUGCGGAGAUACAUGGGUAAAUGCAACAGGUUUAGAAAGAUGUACUGCAUACCAAAUUGGUAUGAUGGCAACUGUGAUGAAUUCCGUAUUGCUCCAGUCAGCAUUAGAGAAGAUGGGAGUUCAGACACAUGUGCAAACUGCAUUUGCAAUGCUGGAAGUUGCUGAACCAUACAAUAGGCAACGGGCCAUCCGGCAUCUGGAAAAAGGCAGAGUCGUAAUUUUUGGUGGUACUGGUGCCAGUUUUGGAAAUCCACCCUUCACCACUGACACUGCUGCGGCUGUUCGAGCUACAGAGGUUCAUGCAGAGGCAGUCCUCAAGGGUACCAAUGUUGAUGGUGUGUAUGACUGUACCUCCCGGGACAACAAUUUUACAUUUGAGCACAUAUCUUUCAGGGAUUUGGCCUCCAGGGGAGUCACCCCCAUGGACGCAAUGGCACUUAACUACUGUGAAGAGAACAACACUCCUGUUGUGGUCUUUAAUCUUCUUGAGCCUGGCAACAUCUCAAAAGCACUCUGUGGAGAGCAAGUUGGUACAUUGAUUGAUCAAACCGGAAGGAUUAGCUAAUAUCUAUGAGACUCUUAUCUGAUGCAUUAUUAGGUCUUGUAACCUCAGAUGCUAUGUCAAGUUAAUAGACCUUCUUAGAAAAGUUGGUGGGCGCCUUUAGUUCAGCUGCCGGCUACUCUUUACCGAGGCUUGGAUGGUUCUCUUGAUUCAUAAUUUGCCACCUGUAAUGCACAUGAGAGGUGGUUAAAGGUUCGGCAAGGCCUGUGCUAUUCGUUGAUUAUUUACUGUUUGCUCUGUUUGAUAUCUGCAUCUUAUUAGUGAGGUGCCGAUUUUUCUUGUAUUUUAUAUCUGUAAAUGUUGUUGACUUAACAGAAGCAUUAGUUGGGAUAGAACAGUUAAUUCGGGCGAAUAAUUAACAGUGAGUGUACUGAUAGUGGGUGUUAGAGCAAGAUACACAGUUCAAAGUCAUGAGUGUCCUUAUAGAUUGUAAUUGUUUUACUGUAACAGGAACGAUGGAAUUCGGAUAUUUUAAAUUUUAAAUGUGUUAUUGAACUGCUAAAUAA